GCUCACUUCAGACAGUAUGACGUCUGACGCUUGUUCAUGUUUGUUUUGUUUGGUUAUGUUUCAUCAUUUUGAGCCGGGACAUAUUUUGGCCAUACAAAAAUGGUUUUGUUUCUUCAUUAAUAAUUAAAAUUACAUGAGCAAGUAAAAUUGGAGUAAAUCUGAAGGAAACAAUCCUAACAAUGGCUACGAAACGAAAGCCUGAAACGCAAGUUCCUGCGGAAGAAAGUGACUUGUUAGUUAUCAGACCGCUGGGAGCUGGGCAAGAAGUGGGCAGAUCUUGCAUCAUGAUUGAGUUUAAAGGAAAAAAGAUAAUGCUCGAUUGUGGCAUUCAUCCUGGUCUAACUGGAAUGGAUGCAUUACCGUUUGUCGACUUAAUUGAAGCAGACGAGAUAGAUCUCUUACUUAUCUCUCAUUUUCACUUGGAUCAUUGUGGCGCUCUGCCGUGGUUUUUGCAAAAGACGAGCUUUAAAGGUCGCUGUUUUAUGACCCAUGCAACAAAAGCCAUUUACAGAUGGUUAUUGUCGGAUUACAUUAAAGUGAGCAACAUAGCUACGGAGCAGAUGUUAUAUACAGAAUCAGAUUUGGAGGCGAGUAUGGAUAAAAUUGAAACCAUAAACUUUCACGAAGAGAAGGAUGUAUUGGGGGUUAAAUUUUGGGCUUACAAUGCUGGACAUGUACUUGGCGCUGCCAUGUUUAUGCUGGAAAUUGCCGGCGUUAAGAUCCUAUAUACUGGAGAUUUUUCAAGGCAAGAGGAUCGACAUUUAAUGGCAGCCGAAAUACCUACUGUGAAACCAGACGUAUUAAUCACGGAAUCUACCUAUGGAACUCAUAUCCAUGAAAAACGUGAAGAACGUGAAAGUAGGUUUACAAAUCUUGUCCAUGACAUAGUAAUGAGAGGUGGACGUUGUCUCAUUCCGGUGUUUGCUUUGGGUCGUGCACAGGAACUUUUGUUGAUACUAGAUGAAUAUUGGAGUCAGCAUCCAGAAUUACAUGACAUUCCAAUUUACUACGCCUCAUCAUUGGCAAAAAAAUGUAUGGCAGUUUAUCAAACGUACAUUAACGCUAUGAAUGAAAAAAUUCGAAGACAAAUAGCGAUUAAUAAUCCUUUUGUUUUUAAACACAUAUCAAAUUUAAAGGGUAUUGAUCAUUUUGAUGAUAUCGGGCCUUGUGUGGUGAUGGCGUCCCCUGGUAUGAUGCAAAGUGGACUGUCACGCGAACUAUUCGAGUCGUGGUGUACAGAUGCAAAGAAUGGUGUAAUAAUUGCAGGUUACUGUGUUGAGGGAACAUUAGCCAAAGCGAUACUCUCCGAACCUGAAGAAAUCGUUACAAUGGUUGGUCAAAAACUACCACUAAAAAUGUCAGUAGAUUACAUUUCAUUUUCCGCGCACACAGACUAUCAACAGACCAGCGAGUUUAUACGAAUCUUAAAACCACCUCAUGUUGUGUUAGUGCACGGCGAACAGAAUGAAAUGAGCCGUCUAAAGGCUGCCUUACAGAGGGAGUACGAAGACGAUCCAAACACUACAAUGCAGCUGCAUAACCCGAGAAAUACUCACGCAGUUGAACUCUAUUUUAGAGGCGAGAAAACUGCAAAAGUCAUGGGAUCUCUUGCUGUCGAACAACCGAAACCAGGAAAUGUUUUGUCGGGCAUACUAGUUAAACGCAACUUUAAUUAUCACAUUCUUGCCGCAGAUGAUUUAUCUAAGUAUACUGACAUGUCAAUGAGUCAAGUUAUGCAACGCCAGAGCCUUCAUUAUUCCGGAUCCAUUAGUGUUUUACGUUAUCUGGUUACUCAGGUGGCUGGUCUGUUGGAAACCAUUGAGGGCGAUAGAAAAAUGAGAGCAUUUAACGCUGUUGAUAUAACCAUAGAAAAUAAAAUCGUAACUUUGGAGUGGGUGGCAAAUCCUGUUAAUGAUAUGUAUGCGGAUGCCAUUGUUGCUGCUGUUUUACAAGCAGAAUCAUUAGACGCCCCGACUAAGAGUAUGACGACCAGUGCCAAGGUGGAUAGGAUGCAUUUUAAGGAAUGUUUAAUAGAAAUGCUACAAGACAUGUUUGGCGAAGAUUCAGUGCCCAAAAUGUUUAAAGGUGAAAAGUUGUACGUUGUUGUCAACGAAAAACGUGCAGAUAUUGAUCUUUUAAAUUUGGAAGUGGUAUGCCCAUCCGAUGAAACUUUCCAGCAAAUUGUGCAAACUGCAGUUUCUAAAUUGUAUCAGUCACUGGCACCUCCACAAGUUGAAACUGCUGCGUAACAACAAGCUCUUUCAUAGUUCUUUGAGUAUAUAAGGUACUAAUAAUUUGUAGUUAUAGCAAUACAAUAAACAUAAAUUUGUAUUA